AUGCCAAUAAAAUCCGUUAUGUCCACCGCGGCUCCGCUUCUCACGUCGCGCCACGUGGCAGUCAUCGGCGCCGGCGCCGCCGGUCUGGUGGCGGCGCGCGAGCUCCGACGGGAGGGGCACAGGGUGGUGGUUUUCGAGCGAGGGAAGGAAGUAGGAGGCACGUGGGGGUACAGUCCGGAGGUGGAAUCGGAUCCGCUAGGUUUGGACCCGAACCGGAGCUUAGUUCACUCGAGCCUCUACGAUUCGCUUCGAACCAAUCUGCCUCGGGAAAGCAUGGGUUUCCGAGAUUACCCCUUCAGGAAGAGGGAGGAGAAAGGGAGGGAUUCUAGAAGGUUCCCAGGUCACAGAGAGGUGUUGAUGUAUUUGCGGGAUUUCGCCGUUGAUUUUGAAAUCAUCGAAUUGGUGCGGUUUGAAACGGAAGUGGUGUUCGCUGGAUUGGGCGAGGGAGGAAAGUGGAGGGUGACGUCAACAUCACCGCAUAAUGAUCAUGUGGACGAGAUUUACGACGCCGUUAUCGUUUGCAACGGACAUUACUUUCAACCUCGUCUUCCUCGUAUCCCUGGCAUUAAUGCGUGGCCAGGGAAGCAGAUGCAUAGCCAUAAUUACAGAACACCUAAGCCUUAUCAAGAUAAAGUUGUAGUUCUAAUAGGUAGCUCGGCGAGUGCGGUUGAUAUCUCUCGAGAUAUCGCAACACUUGCUAAAGAAGUCCACAUUGCAGUUAGGUCUCUUGAAGAAGAGAAGCUGGGAAAGGUGGCUGGUCAUGAAAACAUGUGGCUUCAUUCCAUGAUUGACAGUGUUCAUGAAGAUGGUAAAGUGGUUUUUCAAGAAGGAAAUGCAAUUGGUGUGGACUUCAUCAUACAUUGCACAGGAUAUAAGUAUGAUUUCCCUUUCCUUGAAACCAAGGGGGAGGUGACGGUUGAUGAUAACCGUGUAGGACCACUCUACAAGCAUGUUUUUCCACCAGCGUUGUCUCCAUGGCUUUCAUUUGUUGGGUUGCCUUGGAAGGUUCUUCCCUUCCCCAUGUUCGAGCUGCAGAGCAAGUGGAUAGCUGGAAUUUUAUCAAAUCGCAUUGCACUUCCUUCAAAAGAGGAUAUGGCUGAAGAUAUUGAAGCGUUUUACUCAUCACUUGAAGCCUCUGGCACUCCUAAGCGUUACACUCAUAAUAUGGACAUUCUUCAGUGGGACUACAAUAACUGGAUUGCAAAUCGGUGUGGGUUUCCUUCUAUUGAAGAAUGGAGAAAGCAAAUGUGCAUGGCCACAUCCAAGAACAGGGUGUUGCGACCCGAGUCUUACCGUGACGAGUGGGAGGAUGAUGAUUUGGUUCAGCAAGCGGAACAGGAUUUUGCCAAUUAUCUGAUCUAA